AUGCCAGAACAAGAGCACAUCGAACAACAACAAGAUUCAGAAACUGAUAGGACCAAUUCCAUUCCUCAAAAUGAUCACGAAAGGAUUAGACGUACAAAGAUUAUGAACUCGUUGGACAAUUUAGAUUACUUGAUGUUGAUUGCAGCACAACAAAAGAAAUCCAUAGCGCAAGUGACCUAUGAACUCAAACUUAAACUAAUACAUGGAGAUUAA